AUGCUACGCCUAGAAAAGAGUGACAGCGAAUAUUUCGAGCAAGCAGAUGAAGAAAAGCAAAAGUCUUUUAGCGACAUUGCUGCGGACUUCUUAUCCCAAACUCAUCAAGACUAUCUCAUUCAGCGCCAUGGAACCUUGGAGCUGGAUCCCAUACCCAGCAUGUCGGAUGCUGAUCCAUACAACUGGCCUACCUGGAAGAAACUGAUCAACCUAAUCCUCGUCGCCUUCCACGCUUGCAUGGGAACCUUCACUGCGGCAAGCAUCAUCCCAGCAUAUGAAACUAUCGCCGAAGAUCUUGGAGUAUCGUUACAAAGAGCAAGCUAUCUCACUUCUCUUCAGAUUGCUAUCCUGGGAGGUGCCCCUUUGUUAUGGAAACCUUUGUCGAAUCGGUUCGGUCGUCGCCCGGUCUUCCUCUUGUCCACAAUCCUGAGUUUGUUUUGCAACGUUGGAUGCGCAAAAAGCCCAACAUAUACUUCUAUGGCCGCGUGCCGAGCUCUGACUGCCUUUUUCAUCUCCCCUGCUUCUGCCAUUGGGAGUGCGGUGGUGGCUGAAACCUUUUUCAAACGAGAGCGAGCUAAGUACAUGGGUAUCUGGACACUACUGAUUACACUGGGUGUUCCAGUUGGGCCCUUUAUUUUUGGAUUUGUCGCCUAUCGUGUGGGCUAUCGGUGGAUCUUUUGGGUCCUCGCCAUGACAAAUGCCGCUCAGUUUAUUUUAUACAUCUUCUUUGGCCCCGAGACGCGCUACCUUGGUGGUAGUAACCAAAGCCAGGCGUCUGACCUGAAGGCCCAAUACUUUUCAUUCCACCGAAUUGAUCCUAGUCCACUGAGACUCAGCGAGUUCUUCCACCCGUUGGCCUUGUUCAUGAAACCAACCGUCUUAAUCCCGGCUGUUGCCUACGCCAUGGUCUUCCUGUUCGGAAGUGUUCUCAUUACUGUUGAAGUACCUCAGCUUUUACAAGCCAAAUUUGGUCUCAACACCCAACAACUGGGUCUUCAGUUUCUCGGAGUGAUUAUUGGAUCCGUCCUUGGUGAGCAAGUAGGGGGUUCAAUGUCCGACUUUUGGAUGAACCAUCGCGCACGCAAAAUCCAGCAACGGCCUGAACCAGAAUAUCGUCUCUGGUUGAGCUAUCCAGGUACCCUUCUCGCAAUAGCUGGCACCGUUGUUUUCUUGGUCUGCACCGAACAAGCACCCGGGCACUGGGUUGUACCACCCAUCAUUGGCACUGGCAUUUCGGCCUUUGGAAAUCAGAUUGUCACAACGGUAAUGAUCACGUAUGCUGUUGAUUCUUACCCCCAAGAUGCAGGAAGUGUAGGAGUUUUUAUUACUUUUGUCCGACAGAUUUGGGGAUUCAUUGGUCCGUUUUGGUUCCCUGAUAUGUUCGAUACUGUCGGAGUAGCAGCUAGCUCGGGCAUUGCGUGUGCACUUUUGGUGGUGUUUAGUUUGCUGCUUACUAUCCCCGUGCAUGCUAUGGGGAGGAAAUGGCGAGCUUCCAACAAAGUGGAUCAGUGA